CUGUGACUGUGUGUGUGUGUUAAGCUUUUGUAGUAAAAGGUGUGGGUCAGACCUCUUCAUCAGUGAUCACCCCGGCAUGCGAUGCAUUGUGAUGCAACAGAAUGUACUGCAAAACAAAUAAAGGCUUGCCUGGAGCGUCGUGGAAUAUGGUCAGGGACCUGUUGAUGGAAAUUUUCUUGGGUUAUAUUUCUUCGUCCCUGUACCAUGGUUUGGGGCCAAUGAUUUGGUAUUUUCCACUGCAGACUUUGAAACUCAGAGGCUAUGAAUUAUUUGCUCUGGCUUAUGUUUCACCCUUAAUAUUGAUCUCCACCUCCAUAUGGAAAUUGGUGAACAAGAGAGGUAUCAUAUUACUGCUCAGGCUUAUUACUUUAGGUGGUAUUGCUUCAUAUCAGACCCCUAACCCUGUGAUCCGGGUGGUGUUUCUGGCCUCAGGUGUAGCUUCAUCUCUCCUUGUUCAAGCUGUUACAUGGUGGUCAGGAAGCAUUCAGCAAAGGGUCUGCAGAAUCUGGGGUUUCAUUCUGAGUCACUUUCUGCUCCUCGCAAUCAGGAUAUGGUUCACCUCCCUAAACCCAGUCUGGCAUUACACCGCAUUCAACGCUGCAAUACUUUCCUUGGGUGUCAUAGUGACUUUGGACAGAUUGCAUUCAGAUUUUCAGAAGUAUCCACUGGAAACAGAGGGGAGGACUUCCAGGGAGAGGAAAGCUUGCUUCCGUUGGACAAUACCCGCUGCAGCAUACGGAAGCUUGUUGUUUCUCACGCACUGGAUAUUUGGAGAGGUCUCCUUGGUCUCUCGCUGGGCUGUGAGUGGCCAUCCACGUUCUGGGCCAGAUCCUAAUCCUUAUGGAGGUAUAAUUCUAUUAGCUUUGGCUAUUGGAAUGAUGUUAUCCUUUUGGCCUAAUAUCAUUAACAAAAUAUCGUUUUGGCUAAUAGGAGUGGCAUCAGCAAUUGGUAUUUUCUGUCUUCGAAGAGAAGAAGCAUUUGUUUCAGGAACUAUGUUAUCUAUUUAUACCAUGUCUCUUUGGCCGCAUAUGGUUGAACGUAUGAUUGGUUCAGGUCAUCCUGGGAAGGUCUUAGGCACAGCCAUGUUAGUGUAUGUGCUCGAGAUGCUUGCCACUGUGUGGUGCACAGCUUAUAACUUUGUGCCUGGAGGUGUCAUUGCAAGAGAAAAAACAGGUGUGAUAUUGGGUCUGCUUGUGGUGCUGACUGGUUUGGGAUUGUGGGUUGGGCCACAGCCAAAGUCCUUUCUGUCAGAAAGCAUCAAAAAUCCUGUAUUGAAACACUGCGUAAAGUUUGUUAAACUAUUGCUUUGGCUGUUUGUGGGCAUAGGAUUGCUAGGAUUAGGACUUCGAUUCCAGGUUUAUCAGAAGAAACUACUGAACCAGCCAGUGAAAAAAGUGUUCUCAGCCAUGAUAUGGUCCUGCAGGUUUGGAAUUGAUAAUCAAGGUUGGUCAAGUUUAGAAAAAUCAGCAAAACUUAUCAAACAGACAGAUGCUGAUUUUAUCACUAUAUUGGAGAGUGAUUCAUCAAAGCCAUACUUGGGAAACAAUGAUCUUACUAUGUGGCUGGGAGAAAAACUGGGAUUUUACACAGAUUUUGGUCCAAGUACAAAAGAUCACACCUGGGGGGAAAUGACUCUGUCAAGAUAUCCUAUAAUUCAAUCCACACAUCAUCUCCUCCCAUCCCCCCAUGGAGAGCUUGCUCCUGCCAUUUCGAUGACUGUCAACAUCUCAGGAAACCUGGUAGAUUUUGUUGUGGCUCACUUUGGCAAUAAGAAGGACGAACUGGACAGAAAUUUGCAAGCAGAGUACACUUCUAAUUUAUUGAAGGAAAGCCAACGGCCUCUUGUAUUUCUAGGUUAUAUUAACUCGGUGCCUGGCUCUAGAAACUAUAUUCAGCUUCUGAAGAUAGGAAAUGUAAAAGAUAUAGCGAACAAUGAUCCAUUUAGGUGGUGUGAAUACAUUAUGUAUCGUGACCUAAUAAGAUUGGGCUUUGCUCGCAUUUCUCACGGUGGUCUCAGUGACACAGAAAUACAGAUGGCCAGAUUUCAGAUUCCUAAUGACUCCACUCACUUCUUGGAUCAUGACAGGCUUGAAGUUAUUUCCAAACAUGUGCCUAAGGAAAGUCGCUUCAAUCACAGAUUUGGUUCCUUCAAGAUGGGACACAAUCGUGAACAAUUUCAUCAUUAUCACAUGAACACACCAAAGUACUUUCUCUUGGAAAAUUUUUAAAGCAGGAAAAUUAAAAAAAUGCAUCAUUUACAAAUAUAUACACUUCUUUCAAAAGUAUGAAAGAAAUGUACAUUAAUAAGAAAGUUUGGAAUGAGGAUUUGGCUCUUUAAUCAUAUUGUUUCUUGCAGUUGAAAUACAAAGUUUUAGUUAAGUGCAAAAGAGAAAGGAAAUUAAGUUGACGUCUUGCAGUUGAAAUACAAAGUUUUAGUUAAGUGCAAAAGAGAAAGGAAAUUAAGUUGACGUUAGUUUUUUGCUGUAUCAAUAAACAAGAUAUUUUCUAGUUUUCAAAAUCAGAAAUGCUAAAAAUCCAAACCAAGUUGAUCAGCAUUUGACAAAGGAAGAUAGGUUAACGUUUGGAGUUUAAUAUGAUUUAAUAAUCCUUGGGUAUGAGUAAUCAAUUGACUCAGUGGGACUAGUACAAUAAAUUAAUAUUAUGUUAUUCAGCCCAUCCUAGUGAGAGCCUCUUUCAAAACUUGCAAUGUUUUGAUUUUACGUUAGCCUAACCCCAUAUUUGUAUGUUCCCUGCUUUACAUAUACCAUCUGAUCUUAACUGAAAUACUGUUCUAUUGUAC